UAGAUUUUUUAAUAUUUAUUUUACAUGUGCAUAUUUUUAGUUUUUUUUUUGUAAUUGAUCUGUCACAAAAAAACUCUCAACUGUUAUUUAUCUUCUAACUUCAGAAUCAUAAAAAUAUCAGAAGUAACCGACGUUUAUUAUGCGAUAGUACAGUAAAUAAAAUACUGAUAAGAAAAAAUAUUAAGCAUUUAUUUUUUUUGUUUAAAACAUAAACAUAUAUAUAGAGGUUAGAUAUAUAUAUGUAUACACGUGGCUACGAAAUUUAAAUUAUUUAGUCACGUACUGAAAUACUAUUAGUAUUAGUAGGAAUUUAAAAAUCAAUAUUGGAACGAUUCACAACUAAUUCUUCUAAUAUUCGAUAAACAUUUGAUACUGACAACAAUGGCAACCAGCGAAAAACGUCUUGUUGCAUUGAUAACCGGAAUAACUGGUCAAGAUGGAUCUUAUCUGGCAGAAUUCUUACUAGAAAAAGGGUAUAAAGUUCAUGGUAUUAUACGAAGAUCUAGUACAUUUAAUACUACCAGAAUUCAGCAUCUUUACGCUGAUCCUAAAAGUCACAAACAGGAAAACAUGAAACUACAUUGGGGUGACAUGACGGACUCAAGCAGUUUGAUAAAAGUUAUUGCUGCAGUGCAGCCGACAGAAAUUUAUAAUCUUGCUGCUCAAAGUCAUGUAAAGGUGAGCUUUGAGUUAAGUGAAUAUACUGGUGAAGUUGAUGCUAUUGGAACUGUUAGAUUAUUAGAUGCAAUAAGGACAUGUGGACUUGAAAAAACAGUUAAAUUUUACCAAGCAUCAACGUCUGAACUUUAUGGUGGUAGAGAUUUCUCAGCACCACAAAAUGAAACGACACCUUUUUAUCCACGCUCUCCAUAUGCUUGUGCCAAAAUUUAUAGUUAUUGGAUUGUUAUAAAUUACCGAGAAGCGUAUGGUCUUUAUGCGUGCAACGGUAUUUUGUUUAAUCAUGAAAGCCCGAGAAGAGGAGAAAAUUUUGUCACAAGAAAAAUUACCAGGAGUAUCGCUAAAAUUCAUCUAGGACUGCAAGAUGAAUUGGAGUUGGGAAAUCUAAAUGCUAAAAGAGAUUGGGGUCAUGCCAAAGAUUAUGUUAAAGCGAUGUGGAUGAUGCUGCAACAAGAAAUACCUGAAGAUUAUGUAAUAGCAACUGGUGAAAGUCAUAGUGUACGAGAAUUCGUGGAAACAGCCUUCCAGUAUGUUAAUGUUAAUAUUAUUUGGGAAGGCGAAGGGGUUGAUGAAGUUGGUCGGGAUAAAGACAGCGGAAAAGUAUUAGUCCGAGUAAAUCCUCGAUACUUUCGUCCAACAGAAGUGGUAAUGCUGCUUGGAGAUGCUACAAAAGCAAAGACGAAACUAGGAUGGGAACCUUCAGUUUCUUUCAAAGAACUUGUUCAAGAUAUGAUGGACGCUGAUUUGGCUUUGAUGAAAAAAGAUCCAACAGCGUGAUUGACAGUAUUUUACAGCAUUUGACGCAUUCCUUUUUGAACAAAACCAAUAAGUUAUUAUAUUGUUUUGAUUGACAAAUAUUUAUUUACAACCUUUAAAUGACUAAUUUUAUAACUG